CCCUUCUCUUGCUACCCAGUCGGGAAUAGUCUACGUUGAUCUAGAGAGGCUUAGAGCCCAUGCCGAGAAAAGGGAGGGCUUCCUUCCCCCGCAAUUUCCAUCAUGGAUCGUAUCGUUUACCCAUGUCCUGUACUCCUUUGGUGCAUCCGCGCAGAGCUUCCGGAACCACUUCGUGCCCACAUCUCAGAUCUCGGAACAAGUCGGACUACACCGAGAGGCAAUUCUGCCUGUGUUUCGACUGUUUCGACUUUCCACGAUAACCAACAACCGCUUCAGCCUUCAGCCCGGUCCUUAGCCCCGACAUCUUCCGUGGAACUGUGGAGAAGGCCCAUUUCUCCAAAGAUCCAAACCUCCUUGCGACCUGAAAUCGCUGCCAUCAUGGCCCCAGCUGGAAACAUUCAUAUACCCCCCGUUUCCCCCGUCGAUCCUGGUCCUCUCUACACAGAUUUCUUUCAACAGCAAGUUGCAAAGCAACGAAAUAAUAACUAUCAUUCUACCUCACUAAGAAACAUGGUUGCUGCUUCUGUUAACCGCACUGCGCUGCACCCUGGUGGUGUUCAGCCAGGCAAGGGUCACACUGAGCUUGAGGAAGAGCUUCACGAGCACGCCCACAUCGACUACGACCGCGUUGCUAUUAUCGCCAACCCUGCUGUUCCUGCUCUCUACGAAGAUGCUCUUGUCUACGAGACUGGUACUGCCAUCACCUCCAGCGGUGCCUUGACUGCAUACUCCGGUGCCAAGACUGGCCGUUCUCCCUCCGACAAGCGUAUCGUCAAGGAGGAAUCGUCUGAGAAUGAGAUCUGGUGGGGACCUGUCAACAAGCCCAUGACUCCUGAUGUCUGGCGUAUCAACCGUGAGCGUGCUGUCGACUACCUUAACACCCGUAACCGCAUCUAUGUUAUCGAUGGUUUCGCCGGCUGGGACGAGAGAUACCGCAUCAGCGUCCGUGUUGUCUGCGCUCGCGCCUACCAUGCUCUCUUCAUGCGCAACAUGCUCAUCCGCCCCUCGCAAGAGGAGCUGAAGCACUUCCACCCCGACUAUGUCAUCUACAACGCUGGCUCUUUCCCCGCCAACCGCUUCACUGAGGGUAUGACCUCUGCUACUUCCGUUGCCAUCAACUUCGCCGAGAAGGAGAUGGUCAUUCUCGGUACCGAGUACGCCGGUGAGAUGAAGAAGGGUGUCUUCACUGUUCUCUUCUACGAAAUGCCCGUCAAGCACAACGUCCUUACUCUCCACUCCUCUGCCAACGAGGGUGAGAACGGUGAUGUUACUGUCUUCUUCGGUCUGUCCGGAACUGGAAAGACCACUCUGUCUGCCGAUCCCAAGCGUGCUUUGAUCGGUGACGACGAGCACUGUUGGACUGACCGUGGUGUCUUCAACAUUGAGGGUGGUUGCUACGCCAAGUGCAUUGGCCUCUCCGCUGAGAAGGAGCCCGAUAUUUUCAACGCCAUCCGCUUCGGAUCCGUCCUCGAGAACGUUGUCUUCGACCCCAUCUCCCGUGUUGUCGACUACGAUGACUGCACCCUCACUGAGAACACUCGCUGCGCCUACCCCAUCGAGUACAUCGAGAACGCCAAGAUCCCCUGCUUGUCCGAGAAGCACCCCUCGAACAUCAUCCUCCUCACUUGCGACGCUCGUGGUGUUCUUCCUCCGAUCUCGAAGCUCACCACUGAGCAGACCAUGUUCCACUUCAUCUCCGGUUACACUUCCAAGAUGGCCGGCACUGAGGAUGGUGUGACCGAGCCCCAGGCCACUUUCUCUUCCUGCUUCGCUCAGCCCUUCCUUGCUCUUCACCCCAUGCGCUACGCUACCAUGCUCGCGGAGAAGAUCUCGCAGCACAAGGCCAACGCCUGGCUUCUCAACACCGGUUGGGUUGGCGCUGGCGCCACCACUGGUGGCAAGCGUUGCCCUCUCAAGUACACCCGCGCCAUCUUGGACGCCAUCCACAACGGCUCCCUCAACGAGGUCGAGUACGAGACCUACGAGGUGUUCAACCUGCACGUGCCCAAGUCCUGCCCUGGUGUUCCCUCGGAGCUUCUCAACCCCAGAAACAGCUGGACCGCGACGACGAACUUCAAGGACGAGGUCAACAAGCUGGCCGUGCUCUUCAACGAGAACUUCGCCAAGUAUGCCGACCAAGCUACCAAGGAGGUCAUCGCGGCCGGUCCGGUUCCUCAGUAGAUUGUUGCUUUUCUUGUUCGCUGAUUCCCUUUGGUUUAUCAUAUCGCAUGGCGUGCUGUGUUUCAAAUAUUGGG